CAGUUAUUCGAUCCGGUUAUUCAAAAAGCUUGAUGCCAAAUUGAAAAACGAUGCGAUGUCAACAUUUUAUGUCGUAGAUUUAGUGAUAGUUUUGAUAACCAAGUGAGAAGAUGGUUUUUGAAACCGAAAGAUUUGAGUCCAUUCUGAUUGAGUGUAUUGAGUCGAGAAAUGAGCACCAAUUUCAGUACAUCCUAGACGAGCUGAUAUUGAAUCCGAAUAAACGGCUGAAAUGUUUUGACGGGCUUUCAACGUUCGAAAAAGUUCUGACAAUACCGAAUUCGAGGAAACUCAUCGAGCUAUGCGUUUGCAAUGGAUGCGAUUUUUACAAGAAAAAUCCUGAUGGAAUAUAUCCACUUCGCCAUGCCAUUGGUUCACACAGCGCUGACAACCUAAUCGCAAUAUUGAAGCAAUCCGAUGAAUCUUCGAAACCAUUGUGCGACGAUCAUUUUGUGGCGACCCAAUAUUCAGCGAUCAUAAAUGAAAAAUCGGAUGGAGGAAACAACUACCUCCACCUGUUGGGUAACAACAUAACAGCUGACAAUUACGAAGAACUUUCGAAAAUGAUUAUGGCCAUGCUAGUGAACGGAUGCAACGUGAAUCUACCGAAUGAACAACUAGAAACGCCGUUUUAUUUGCUGUUGAAGAAUCCGGUCGUGGAAAAGAGUUUGUUAAAGUUCAUCAUCGACAAAGUACGAAUUGACUAUUAUACGCACAACAGCAAAGAAAUCCAAAUAUUGAUGGAGGAACGAGGAUUGGCAGCCCGAAUGGGUAAGAAAACGGAUUAUACUGUUGACACGAACUACAUGGUCCAGCAUCUUGACGACUGGAAUGAGACACAAUUGGUCGAUAAUCUUGAACGUUGUAAAUGGGACACGAAGGACCGCGACGAUGGUAUCAUGGAACUAUUAGAAGCAGCAAUCGUUAAGAAUUUACCCGAAACGGUUGCCAUUUUAAUGGAUCUUGGUCCGGACGUUAAUGGAAUUUCAAAAAAUAGCAAAUUCAAAAUGACACCGGCAUUUUUGGCCUGUACGGUCGGGCACUAUCAAGUCCUGAAGGUCCUACUUAGCAACAAGAAUCUGUCAUUUCAGUCGAUGAGUCUUCAAAGGAAUCUGUUGCAUCAAAUAUUUUCUUCCGAAACCAUUGAUCCAGUCGAUCGCCAGAAAACCUUCGACUUAAUUAUCGCAGAUCGACGAUGCACAUUAAAUGUGAUUAAUCAGUCCGAUUCUGAAAAUCGGGUGCCUCUGCUUUUCGCCUGCCAGCAUGAAUGCGAUGACAUUGUGAAGGAGCUACUGAGUCGUGGAGCAUAUAUCGGCUAUAAGCCGGUGUUGAAUUACAUCAAAAAGGAAACCCUGGAAGAAUUCCUGGAUGAAUGUGUGAAGUGCUCCGGUGUAAUCAAUGACAGAGACUGUGAAAUUUACAUAGACUACAAAUUCUUGAUGCCUCCGCAGAGAAAUAUGCCAGAGAUCACGCCGGCUCAUUUGAUUUGUGCAAAGUCAAAAUUAAAGGAACUCAUCUUACAUCCAGUUAUUGCUUCAUUUGUUCUACUCAAGUGGCGGAGAAUCGAUUUCAUUGUUUACUUCAACCUUCUGGUCUAUGUCGGUUUCAUGAUAUUCUUGUGCUGCAUCAACGUGAGCUUUUACAAUGUGUUCAGUGAAUUCCUCCUCUAUGAACAUUGCCAAAUGAAAUAUGAAGAUCACGGCAGACUGUUUACAGUGAAGCGAAAUGAGUAUAACUUUACACCUAGUGUGACUGACAAAGAUGCGAACGAGGUCAGUUACUUUCUUUUCCAAAAUCGCCACAUAAUUCAGAAAACAUACAAAGACUAUUCUCCUUUUUUGUUCUCAUCGGAAAUGUGAGAACACAAUAUUUAAGUCUUGCUUUCAAACACGCUUGAGUAAUCAUGAUUCUAUUAAUGGGGGCUCAGACCAUUCAUCUCUUUUCAAAAGUGUCCGCUUUUUCAUUGUCCUUGCACAUGGCAAUACUGAACAAAGUGUGUCGAACAUUCCUGAAAACCCUUGUUCCGUACCUGAUUAUUAUUUCGGCUUUCGGAAUGAGCUUUUUUGCUUUGAAUCAUGUUCAGGCAUACGGCGAACAUGACAGACGAGAGGGAUUUUCAGAUACUUCAUUAUAAAAGAUUUCCACUAUUAUGUUGCAGAUA